GAUUUGCUGAUAACGAAAUUUUAAUUGUCUGUCGUAAGUAAUUUUUUCAAAAUGUCGGUUAUAAAAUUACUUUUAUUGAAUACACAAUUAAUACAAAUUCUUUAUCUUUAUACAGAUUGAUCAAAAUCAAAUGCAAAUAUUAACAGAUAGAAAUAAUGUUAUUGUACAUUGAAAUGAUCAUAUAUUUUUAGUAGACACAUUGUUGAUUAUUUCUAAUAAAAACGAAAUUCCUGUUACCUAUAAUAGUUACGGAUAACCAAAACAUAAUUCUCGUCAACGAUAAUUAUAAAAAAUUUCCGUUGCAAAUAGUGAUCAUUUAUGAUCAAAUACAAUUGUCGUUAUCGAUAAUAGUUAGUAAUAACCAAAAAAUUUGUGUCAUUUUAAUUAUAUUAUUUUUUGAAAAAUUUCUGCAUAAUUUAAUGACGACUGACUUCUAUUUAAAUAAAAAUUAGUUUUUUCUCAAUGAUUCUUUUUGAAAAGAUUUUAAAUAUUAUUGUUAUUUGUAGUAUCUAAAGGCAUAUAGGUCUCUGUAUUGCACGUAUCAUUGGUAAUGGCGCGAAAACGAGUCCGUUAUGAAAUUCAAUGUUAUUGGUUAAAGAUUAAUCUCGUAGGCAGAAUAUGAAACUUCGUAUAAUAAAUAAUUCCUACUAAAUGUUUAAAUAAUGAACCAACUAUUCGUAUUAUUUCGUGCUUGAAAAUGAAUGUUCUUUCUUAUUUUUGAAAACUUUAUACAAAAAUAAUUAAUAUAAAUUUCGUUGUGUUCUGAAUGAAAACUUGUGAAAUAGCCAACUUCAGUUUUUUGCACGAUUCGAAAUUUUUAUAAACACAUAAAUACAUACAUGUAAGUAUGUGGCAACGAUGAUCGAGGUUAUUUGAAUCUAGAAAAUACUUAAAAAUUAAUAAUUUAACAAAUGUCGAAUUUUGAUUAUGAUGAGACAUCAAGAUAUCACAAAUGACAAUGAUACCGAGACUGACACUGCUGAGGAAGAAGAGAUCACAGAAACCGAGGAAUCUUCCUCAACAGGAAAAGAUACUCCUCAUGAUCUAACAUUAUCCUUUUUAAAAUUAUCUUACAAACGACUUCCAAAAAAUUGUGUGAAGUUUUCUUUUUUGAGUCUCAACAGUGUUACCUUUCUUGCUGGUAUAAGCGCUGUGAUCAUUUCAAUUUGGAUGCUGGCCGAUAAUAAAAUGAUGUCUAGAUUAAUUGGACAACGUAUAUACAUAACAACAUUGCUCAUAAUAGGAAUAUUCGCUUCUAUUCUAGCAAUUAUCGGCAUAUUAGGUUUUCUCAAAAGAAAACAAAAUUUCUUGAUAAUCUACAUAAUAUUCCAUGCGCUAUUCCUGUUUUUGAUCUUUGUCUGCUCCAUUUUGAGUUUUUCUUUAUUCGAUAAACUUACGAGAAGUAUUCACGAGGAUAUGGCUAAUUCAAUUGAAAAUUAUCGUUAUUUGGAUUGGGUUGCGGAGGCUUGGGAUAAUACACACAGAUACUUGAAAUGCUGUGGAAUUCGAUCGCACGAUGAUUGGGAAAGACAUGGUAUGCUUAUACCACAGAGUUGCUGUUCAACUACUGUCGACAAAUGUUUGAACAUGACCGCUGAAGUAGUGUAUGAGUCUGGCUGUUUAAAUGGCGCCGUUGAUUUCCUCAAAUCGUCGGUCCAUACGGUUUCUAUAUCGGUCCUUUUCAUGUCACUAGCUCUAGUACGUAAUACGUUAUCAGGAUAAUUAUUUGUUCCUUUGAUGUCCUCAUAUCUCAAAUUUUCAGUUCGCAAAUUUGUUCUUCGCUUUCGCUGCUCGCAAGAGAUUUAAGAUGUACCCUUUGAACGAGUAAUGAUUAUAUGUACAUAGUUACAUAUCAUAUUACCUAAGAUGAAUAUCUAUUAGAAUCUGUGAUUAGAAGUGAAUGACAAGUCGGUGAUGAAACGUUUUUUUCCCUUUUUAUUAUCAUAUAUAGAUCAUAUAUUUUCUGAAAACACUUAAUAUAUUGUACUUAAGAUAGUAAUAUUGUGUGUGUAAG